AAAUCGCGUCUCGACACAGCGCGAGAGUCCAUUAAGCAGUACACAAGCCAAGCCGACCCCUCCUUGGAUCGGUCUGCUAGACUUAGCCAAUCACAUAACGGGAAAACCGCGAUGGGAUCCACGCCGCCGUGAAGAAGCACGAGUUUCCACUCGUGUUUCUUGAUUCAGCUCGGCUCUGUCUACCCGCAUCGUCCGAAUGCCGAGCCUGCGUGACGUUUCCACCAAUUAGGUAGCUAUGACCAUCAGUAUGGUACACCCUAGAGAGUCCUCAAUCCAAAAUUCAGGGGCAUGCACGACGAGCAUAAUCUUUUUAAGAGUCAAAAAAGGAGCGUGAGUGAAACACGGCUCCAAUAUCACCUAAGGAAAUCUCCCUCCAUUCUCCAAAAGUAUGAAGCUGUGGGCGCUUCAUCUUCUUGCUCUGUGUCUUCUCUUCCAAUCCGGACUCUCGCAAACGGUGGUCAAGUCGCUUCCCGGAUUUCCUGGCGACCUCCCUUUUUAUCUCGAAACCGGAUACAUCGGAGUCGGGGAGCUGGAAGAUGUUCAGCUGUUUUAUUACUUUGUCGAGUCGGAGAGGCGUCCGAAGGACGACCCUCUGGUGCUGUGGCUCACCGGCGGCCCCGGUUGCUCCGCUCUCUCCGGAUUGUUGUACGAGAUCGGUCCAUUUACGUUCAAUUACGGCAAUUCUACUCGAUACAGACCAACCCUAAAAUUGAAUGAUUAUUCAUGGACCAAGGUGGCCAAUAUUAUAUUCCUAGAUCAGCCCGUCGGAACCGGAUUUUCCUACGCAAAUAGCUGGGAAAGCUACGAUAUAAACGACUACGUUUCGGCCGCCGAAACUUAUGAAUUUCUGAGGAAGUGGCUGAAGCUCCAUCCUGAGUUUCUGGACAACCCGCUCUACAUUGCUGGGGAUUCUUACUCGGGCAUCAUUGUUCCAAUGGUCACUCUGCAAGUUGUUAAAGGGAAUAAAGCCGGGUUGGAGCCUGAAAUGAAUCUUGAGGGCUACAUGCUCGGAAACCCUUUAACAAGGGAGUAUAGUGACCUCAACUCGAGAGUCCCGUUUGCUCAUUUGAAGGGUCUUAUAUCUGAUGAGCAGUAUGAGUCGGCUAAAAUUGAUUGUAACGGCGAUUACAUAAACGUCGAUGAAAGCAAUGCCGAUUGCGUCGACGAUCUUAAAGCUGUGACCAUGUGCCUGGAGGACCUAGAUACGGCAAACAUACUGGAACCGAGCUGCGUGACUCAGACUCCCAAGUCGACCUUGGGUGAUGCGUGGGAACCCAGCUUAAUAAAUCAAGACCGUUCACUGCUACUUUUGCCCACGCUUAGAGCUCCCCGGGUUUGGUGCCGGAAUUAUAACUACAAGUACAGCUAUAUCUGGGCUAGCGAUAGAGCGGUUCAAGAUGCUCUUCAUAUCCGAGAGGGGACAAUUGAGAAGUGGGUAAGGUGCAAUAAGACUUUAUCAUACACAUACACUGUCACGGACGUCGUUGACAUACACAAAGAGCUCUUGGAAACGGGAUUUCGGGCGCUUAUUUAUAGUGGCGAUCAUGACAUGGUCAUCCCGUACGUGGGAACUCAAGCCUGGAUUGAUACGUUGAAUCUGACGAUUUCUGAAGAUUGGCAUGCGUGGUUCGUCGACGGACAAGUUGCCGGGUAUGCUACGCUGUAUUCUUACUUUCCAUCCCUUUUGACAUACGCAACCGUCAAGGGAGCGGGACACACGGCUCCAGAAUACAGGCCCGAGCAAUGUUUUGAGCUGAUUAAUAGGUGGUUCGAUUACUAUUACAUUUAAUUUGCAAUUGUAGCUCCCUUUGAGUUCGCCGAUACAUAUAAUAAGCAUCUCGUCGAUGCAAUAAAAUUUCCGGUGUUCCUAUUUGGCAAUGAUCUUGAAAUGGAUAUCCUCGCUCAUCCCUACGAAAUCCAUAUUAGAUUGAGCUCCUCGGGCAUUUGAUAAUGUGACACCUUCAAGUGUUUUGCUUACACGAAUGUGGUUAACGAACGAGUGGUAAUACCGCACUCGAUAAGUAACCGAUUAAGCAUACAACAUUUUACAUUUUUUUCAAUGCA